ACCGAGCGUCGACGGGGAGCCCUUUGUUUUGGUUCUCCUUAUUUUAAAUAGCCACUCGCCGAGAUGAGUGCUCCCGGGUUGAAAGUGGAGGAGGACUCCUUCGGUACGUUCUUCGACGAGGUGCGCAGCGUGAACGUGCCAGUACGCAGGUUCACCCUGAAGAAUAGCCGCAAUGUCAGCGUCCAGAUUAUCAACUACGGUGCCACAAUUACAAAUAUCGUCGUGCCCGACAAGAACGGAGUUUUCGCAGACGUUAACCUUGGCUUCGACAGCAUGGAAGGAUACACAAAGAACUGGGUGAAUCCUUACUUUGGCGCCAUAGUUGGUCGCGUGGCUAACAGAAUUGGCAAGGCGCAGUUCACAGUGAAAAAUGAGACGUAUCACGUGUCGAAAAAUAAUGGAGAAAAUCAUCUGCAUGGUGGAUUCAAGGGAUUCGAUAAGAAAAUGUGGGAAGCAAAUGUCGAAGGGACAAAGGUGACGUUCUCCUACGUGAGCAAGGACGGCGAGGAGGGCUACCCUGGCAGCGUCCUGGUCGCCGCCACCUACUCCCUGAGCGAUGCGAACGAACUGCUGCUGGAAAUGACGGCCACCACCACCAAGCCCACACCUGUCAACCUCACCAAUCACGCCUAUUUCAACCUGGCUGGACAUGACAAGGGUUGGAGUGCGCUGAGCGAGCACAAGGUUCACGUCAACGCCAGUUUCUACACACCCGGAGUGGAUUUGCUCCCAACAGGUGAAAUUAAACCAGUUGCUGGCACUAUAUUCGACUUAACAACGACGAAGCAGCUGAAGGAUGUUUUGUCUUGGACCCCAGAUGAUGGAUAUGACACCAAUUUCUGCGUGAACACGACUAAACCUCCUACUAUGGUUCUUGCAGCCAGAGUCUACCAUCCGCAAAGUGGACGACAAUUGGAAAUAUACUCGGAUCAGCCGGGAAUACAGUUUUACACCAGCAACAGUUUGCCGACAGAAAAUAUAUUGCAAGGCAAAGGCGGGUGCUAUUAUACCAAACACGGUGCUUUCUGCCUCGAAACGCAGAAUUACCCUGACGCUGUUAACCAGCCCAAUUUUCCAAAAUCAGUGCUCCUACCUGGUGAGACUUACAAACACAACGUCAAGUACCUAUUUGGAAUUCAGAACGAAGAUCCUUCAUCGUGCACGAUUGCUUGAAAUUGAUACCAAAUAACAAAUUAUUGUGAUAAGAUUGUUGAAUGAAUUUUUGACAAAUAGAUAAGAAUAAAAUAAUAUUUAACUUCAGUUCCUUAAAGUGAACCCUGACUAAAUUAUUAUUAUUGUAACCGCUGGUUUAUAGAAUAAAAUAUUUAAAAAA